AUGGCAGCUAUAUUUAAUGCUUUAUUCGGUACAUAUCGUGAACCAGAGCAACAAAAUACUGCACCAAAUUCAACAGAAGCAGAAAUUAAAACUGCUAAUGCUACUGAAAGUCUUCAUACAUCAGUUGUUGUUGAUGAUGUUUGUGUAAAUUCUAUUAUAUCAUCUGAAGCUCAAGCACAUGUAACAAUUAAUAAUAAAGUUAAUAUAGAUAAUUUAAUAUCACAAUUAAGUACAACACAUGCACAAAUUGAUCAAUAUUCUCGAGCACGUUCAAACGAAAUAAAUGAACAAGUUAAAAAAUCUAUUACUGAUGUUCUUGCAAAUACACAACAUCAACAAGAACAAUUAUUACUUACUGCAAAUCAACGUCAUCUAAUCAUUGAAAAUGAAUAUAAACUUCAAUUACAAAAAGCUGUUGAAGCAUUAGAUGCUGUUAAAGCUAAAACUUUAGCUGAUUUAGAACGUGAUUUACAAGCUAGACAACAAUUAAUCAUGUCUGAAGCUAAACAACAAAUUGAUGCUAUAAACAAUCAAGCUAAUACCGAUAAGUUAAAUAGUUUAGUUGAAGCAGAAGAACUAGCUAAACAAAAUAUUGCUAAUCUAACAGAUCAAAUUGUUGUAUCAAAUGAAGCAGAAGCUCAAAAUUUAUUACAAUCAACAACUACUACUAUAAUUACUUCUCAAGUACAAACUGUAGAGAAUCCACAAACCAUUGUAACUGUACCUGUUACAGAAACAGUUAUUACAACAGAUAACCAAAAUGUUACAAAUGUUGCUGAUAAUCAAAUGCAAGUAGCUGUAAGACGCCCAUCGGAAUUAGUAUUAGUACCAAAAUUUCCUACAAAAAAUGAAGAAAAUGUAACAGCUUUAAAUUCAACAAAUACUGGAGUACUUGAGCCUACAGCACCACCUGCAGCAUCAAUAGCUGAUUCCGCAAAUGUCGAAACAUAA